AUGAAUAAAUCUUUGUCAACAAAUUCAUCGAUCAAUCUUGAAAAUUCAACAAAUAUAUUUUCAUCAUCUCAAUUACUUGAAACAUUAUCAACAAUAUCUGCUGAUUAUGAGACAAAAAAAUUUUCUAUAAAAUCUUUUAUUGAUCAAAUAAAUUCAUAUCGUCAUAUGGAUAUACUGAUUCAUAUAAAACAAUGUGAUUCAAAUAUGAAAUUAAAUGAUAUAUGUGAAAUAUAUUCAAUUGAUAAUAAUACAAAUUCAUUAAUACGUCAAUCCUAUAUAGAAUUUCAUACAUUACAACAUAUCUAUAAUUCACUUGUUAAUCAAACAAUUGUACAAAAUCUCAGUCAAUUUUGUUUAUCUACUGAUUGGUGUUUGAAAAAUUUAUCUCAAGAUAAUAUUUAUUUAACUAAUCAGAUUAUACGAGAACGUGGAAAUUCAUUUUGUUCAUUAGAACAAUGUCAUUCGCGUUUAUUAGUAUUUAUAGAAACAUGUCCAAUACUUUUAAAUACGAAUAUCAGUAUAUUAACAGUAAAAUUAUUACCAAUGUUAUGUACACUUUAUAAUAAUCAACAAAAUUGGAAUUCAACUGAAUGUAUAGAAGGAAUCGUCUAUUUUAUUCAUAUGCUCUAUGCAUUUUGGUCUCAACUUGAGAUAUGUUAUGAUGCUAUAUCUACUGGCUUUGAUGGUUGCAUAUCGGAAUGUCAAAUAUUCAGUGAUAUAUUUGGUAAACUAUAUAGUCAAUGUAAUGGUAAUAUGUCUUUUUUAUCUCAAGUACCUAUUUUAGCUUGGUAUCAUUCGACUAAUUUGAAUCAAAACUGUUUUCGAAAAAGUAUUUCACAAAGAUUUCAUUUUAUUGAUUCAGUAGAAAAAAUCUUUUCUUCUAAUUUUGUUUUACAUCCAUUCAAUGAGAAUUUAAUUUAUACUGUUUCAUUUGUAAUUAUUAUUAUUUGUAUUGCAAUAAGUUGUUGUUUAUGUUUAUAUUUAAUGUUAAAACGUAAGAAUCGGCAAUUGGAUGAUGAUUAUGAAUAUACUCGAAUACAUAAUUCAUCUUAUGAACUAAGAACAAAUAUAGACCCGAAUAUAACACUCAAUGAAAUGAUAGAUGAUGAAUCACAAUUUAAUUCUAAUAGUCAUUCUCCUUCGUUUGAAUGUCGACAAUUAUUACUUGAAGAAUCAUAA